AUGGCGGCAGCCUUGUUCUGGCUAUCUGCGCCAUGCCCCUCGCCGCCGAACUUAGUUCGGCUUAGCAAUAGCCGCCACCCUUACAACCCUAUUUUUUCUAAUUUUACUUCUUCACAGGACUAUGGCCGCCGCCCCCCAAUACAUGGAUUCGUUGGUCUUAACAGAAAUUGGAAUAUUUUUAAUCAAUCCUUGGUUAAUCCUGCACCAGCUCUUGCUCCAGAGUUGAAGAGCAGCUUGGAUAAAGUUGUUAACUCUCACAAGAUACUCAAAUCCUUAAAUGUGGCCUUUGAAACCAUCAAUAUCAUGGAGAAUGAGUUAUUGCGUCAGGCGCUGAAAGAGUACUCUAGCUGGCCAACUUUUCCGCAAUUGUACGUUGACAGUAUUGUGGGUAAGUGCUAG